CCAUGACCUCCCCCCUCCGUCCUCCCCAAUUCAAAUCCCACCGUCGCCUCCUGGAGCAGAAGCUCUCCGACCUCCAUAAAUGCUCCGAUCCCAACUCCCUCGUCCAAAUCCACUCUCAAAUCUUCCGUCUUUGCAUCCACCGCGACCCCAUCGUCGUUUCCAAGCUCAUCUCCGCCUACUCUCUCUGUCGCCUCCCCUUCUCCUUCUCCACAUUCUCUCGCAUGCAGGUUUCCGCCAUCAAAGCCGACUCCUUUACCUACUCUUUCCUCCUCAGGUCCUUCCAUGGCCAUCUUCGCCGCGUGGAGGUGAUCCACUCUCAUGUCUUCAGGUUGGGGUUUUCAGGUGAUGUUUUUGUUCACAAUUCUCUCAUUUGUUCGUAUUCUAGGGCUGGUGAACUUGCUCUUGCGCGGAAGGUGUUUGAUGAAACGGUGCUUAGAGAUGUUGUUUCGUGGAACUCGAUGGUUGGGGCAUUGGUAAGAGCAGGGGAGAUUGGGGAUGCUCGUAAGGUGUUUGAGGAAAUGCCUGAGAGGAAUAUUGUAAGCUGGAACAGAUUGUUGGAUGGAUAUGUGAAGGUGGGUGAUAUGGACACUGCUUUAGAUUUGUUUCAAAGGAUUCCUGAUAAAAAUGUUGUUUCCUGGUCUACUAUAGUGUUGGGAUAUUGCAAGAAGGGAGAUAUGGAGACCGCGAAGAUGUUAUUUGAUAAAAUGGGAUUGAGGAAUUUGGUUACAUGGACAAUUAUGAUAUCUGGUUAUGCUGAAAAAGGUCUUGCUGUGGAGGCUUCAACCUUAUUGAACAAAAUGGAGGAAGCUGGAUUCGAACUCGAUCCUUCGGCUACUAUUAGCAUUCUCGCCGCUUGUGCCGAGUCAGGCUUGCUCGGUUUGGGCAAGAGGAUUCAUGCCUCAGUCAAGAGGUUUACGACUCAGAUUAGCAAUGCACUCAUCGAUAUGUAUUCAAAAUGCGGCGAUUCAGACGAAGCAUGGAUCAUCUUCGAAGAAACCAUAGUGAAGGAUUUGAUGUCCUGGAACUCCAUGAUUCAUGGCCUUGCCAUGCACGGGCAUGGCGAGAGAGCCUUAGAUCUCUUCGCUCGAAUGGAGGGUGAAGAUUUCAUGCCCGAUGGCAUUACCUUCAUAGGCGUGCUAUGCGCCUGUACUCACAUGGGACUUGUCAAUGAGGCUCGAAGGUAUUUCUCCGCCAUGCAAAAGGACUAUGGGAUCACCCCUAAGAUUGAGCACUAUGGAUGCCUUAUCGAUCUUCUAGCCCGCCGAGGUGUUUUAAUGGAGGCAUAUAAUCUUGCCAAGAUGAUGCCUUUCGAGCCCAAUGUUGUAAUAUGGGGCAGCAUUCUCAAUGCAUGCAGGGUUCAUGACAAUGUGGGCCUUGCUGAGAAGGUUGUUGAUGAGUUGAUGAAACUCAAAUUAUCAGAUGAGGGUAACUUUGCAAUUAUUUCUAACAUAUAUGCCUCAGCUGCAAAAUGGGAUGGAAUGGCUAAGGCUAGGUUGAAGAUGAGAGAUGAUCUCGGGCAAAAGCGGGCUGGUUCGAGCUGGUUGGAGCUCGAUGAUGUGGUUCAUGAGUUCACUGUUGGAGAUAGAAUGCAUCCUCAGGCAGAUAGAAUUCUCAGAAUGGUUAGUAGGUUGGGGAAACAUAUAAAGCAGCUUUGUGAAGAAUGAAUGGAAGCUAAAUUAUUCAAAGAAUUGGAGCUAAAUGGAAGAAAAGUGGCUACAUUUCUAUGGCAUUUAUAUCCUGUUUUUCUGAAGCAGAUUGGAUUAGGAGUUCUGCUUUGUUGAUUUGGGAGAAGAACAGAUCUUGCAUCCUUAACAGACCUUUCUUAAUGUGUGCACAGAAAAAAAGGAGGGGCAUUUACAUACAUACCACACAAUUCUUAUAUAUUUACACAUCUAGCGCCAAAAAAUUCAUAUUUACAUACAUAGCGCUCACAUCUUUGACAUCACAUCAUAAUACUACUGUGACUAAUCUUUUAAAAGUGAAAUGCACCUUUUCAUGUAUAGGUUUUAAU